GACGCGCCUCAAUUGAAGAAUUCCAAAGUUACUUCCAUGUAUUUGUACAUUCGUACCUUGAAGUUCGAAUUUGGAAGCUCACAUUUACACAAUAUAUUCAUGCAUCACUUCUCUGCACAAUGCCUUUUUGCCCCUGAAAGCCACCGAAGACCUAUGCAUACCUGAAGACAUGACAGAGUCUUCGCCAGCCCCGGAUAGGCCGUUCGACCCGUCCAAGCCCUUCGAAGGUCUCGUUCUCUGCUGUACUAGUAUUGAGGCUGACUUGCGUACUAAAAUCGCCCAACAAACCGCCGAUCUAGGCGGUAUUCACAAGUACGACCUCACACCGGAUGUGACCCACCUGAUCGUCGGGGACUACGACACGGCAAAGUAUCGCCAUGUCGCCAGGGAGAGACCCGACAUUAAGCCAAUGGCUGCCGGUUGGGUUGAUGCCGUACGAGUGCUGUGGUUGGAGGACACCGAUUUCGAUUUCGAUGCACUGGAAAAUACCUGGAAGCUAAAGACCUUCGAAGCCGGUGGUGGUAUUCCUAAUAGCCCGGUCGUUGAACAAAGGGAGAGGAUAAAGCUAAUAUGCUGUCUGACUGGCUUCGAGGACAAUGAGACGCGCUCUGCGAUCGAAAGCAAGGUUAAAGCGAAUGGAGGUGAAUACGUCGGCGAUCUCUCCAGGGCCGUGACCCAUCUCAUCGUAAACAAGCCUGAAGGGAAGAAGUACAUUGCUGCGCGGAAGUGGCGGAUAAGAACCGUCUCUGUCGAGUGGCUACACGACAGUGUCGAGAGAGGCAUGAUCCUCAAUGAGGAGUGCUAUGAUCCUACAUUGCCCGCAGAGGAACGUGGAAAAGACGCGUGGAUAAGAAGAGACCUAAGGCGAGGUGCAUCACUAGGCAAGAGACCUCGUGAUGGCGCGGUCGGCCCUUCGGCAGACGAUGGUCGAAGAAAGCUUAGAAAGACCGCGAGCAUGAAACUCACAAGCCAGAAGGAUAAUCUUUGGGGUGAUAUUCUCGUAAACCAAUCAUCGACCGACCUAUCUAAGUCGAUGAUUACCACUAGCGCCAAGGAGAUGACUACUGGCGUACCCCCUACUUUACACUCUACAGACUUGAUAACGCCUCCUAGCGGUGAGGUUCCGCGGCCGAAUCACGUCCAACAGGUUGAGAGUGGUGUCUUUUCCUCUUGCCGCUUUUACAUUCACGGAUUCUCUCAGGGCAAGCAGGAAAUCUUAGGCCAUCAUAUCUUGUCCCACGACGGACGAGUAACCCGAUCUAUCGAGGACGCCGCUCUGUCUAGCCAUAACGAACCACUAGAUCGACGAUAUCUUAUUGUUCCCCAGACGUCUCAGCCUGAAUCUCACCCCGAGCUUCCGGAAGGGAUGCACAUCGUCACCGAGUUCUACAUUGAACGAUGUGUUCAUAAUAAAACAUUGUUCAAGCCGGACGACCACGUGUUGGGACAGCCGUUUCCUCGGUUUCCCAUUGAGGGGUUUCAAGACUUAGCGAUAUGCACUGCUGGUUUUAGGAAUGAGCAGCUAAAUCAAGUACAAAAAGCCAUCACCCAGCUCGGCGCGAAAUAUUCCGAGCGAUUAAAUUCGCAGUGCUCGUUACUGGUCUGUCCCUCUCUCGAUCAAGUUAGGAAGCAGAAGCUGGAUUUCGCCACGAUUUCUAAGAUUCCGAUCGUUAGUGCCGACUGGCUAUGGCAGUGUAUAACGACGGGUUGCUUUGUACCAUGGCGGAGCUAUCUAUGUAAGGAACUCGCUCAGGCUACGUCUAUCGAACGGGAGGCUCUUAAGAACAAGGAAAAGGAUAUAGUUACAAAAUCAAAGUCAGAGCCUGCGCACAAGAUCCUCCCCAAGACGAGGCCAUCAGCACCGGUACCUACAUCAGUAAUGAAGCAUGGAAUCGAUAUGACCGCCUUUGAUGACGAUACGCCCAUGCUCCAAGAUGCCACUAUGCAAGAGCAGGAAACUAAUGAGGCCAACGGGACCAACUAUGAGACGGCCCCUACCCACCAAACAGAGAAUCAGACAGAGAACAUCAACGUUGAGCCUACACCUAUCUCCAAACCACUAUCAGAAAUGACACCAAACGCAUUGAACAAGUCUCCAUCUCCGCAGAAGACAUCUCCGCAGAAGACGUCUCCUACACCGCGAAAAUUCAAACGUGUGCCGACCGGAGGCGAAGUGGGGGACUCCGAUGGCUGUGACGAUUCCGAUACCCCGAUCCCCCCAUUACAAGAGGAUGAUGGUUUCACGAACAAGGAGGAGGAACAACGGAAGCGACAAGCUAAACAAUCUAACGCGACAGAACUUGAUGAAAUGUCAAAGAUGUUGAAUUCUCUAGUAUCUCGCGAUGGAGUUGUUUUGGAAGGUGAUAGCUUGAAGCCGCAACCAGCACCAGGACAACGUCGACAACGCAAGAUACUCGGCCGCGCAGCAAGUAACGUCUCGGCAACAUCGAGCGCGAGCGCCGAAUCCUCAACACAUGCAACUAGUUCCAAACCCAACUUUAGGAGAGCAGAGUCCAUAGCAUCUCGUCUAGAUUCAGUGCAGACUGCAACAGGGGCGUUCGGACUUCUGGAUAAGAUGAUGGAGCCAAGCGAUGAUAGUUAUCAAGCGACGAGGAACGGCGAUAGCCCACCGCGCGCUACGCAGCUCGAGUAUGAUAAAUCAGAGUCCCGGCAACUUCGGGACGCUUAUUAUGGUCGUAUCAGCAAGCAAGGUAACUUAGCGGACGGGCAGCCGAACCAGGAGAAGGUUUCUUUAGCAAGCUUAAAGAACGAUGCAGGGCUAGGCGGCAAUACGCAAAGAUCUUCGACUAGAAGAAGUGCAAAGCGGCGAUGAUCUUGUUCAUGCUGAAUGAAGGGGGUAUGAAAUGAAUGAUGUGUAAGACCCAGUAUAGAUAGACAUGAAUGAUGUUUAAUACCUAAUUGUCUAGCUACAACAUAGCCUAGGUGAAUAAACCAGGCGAGAUUUAAUGAUGA